GGCGGCGGGGGCGGCGGCGGCGGCGGUGGCUGAGGCCGAGGUGGCGGUGGCUGUGGCGGACACAGCGGCACCCCAGCUAGGGACAGGGCUCCGCCGCGCCCCCUUGCAGGCCCCAUGGAGGCGGCAGCGGCGGGUGGGGGCUGUGGCUCCGGGCCGCCGCCGCUGCUGCUGAGUGAGGGCGAGCAGCAGUGCUACUCCGAGCUCUUCGCGCGCUGCGCCGGCGCCGCGGGCGGGGGCCCCGGGCCUGGGGCCCCCGAGGCCUCCAGAGUCGCCCCCGGCACGGUCACUGCGGCUGCCGGCCCCGUGGCUGACCUGUUUCGGGCGUCGCAGCUGCCCGCCGAGACGCUGCACCAGAUCACAGAACUGUGUGGUGCAAAGCGGGUUGGUUAUUUUGGUCCAACACAAUUUUACGUUGCCCUGAAAUUAAUUGCUGCAGCACAAUCUGGCCUCCCAGUGCGGAUAGAGAGUAUUAAAUGUGAAUUGCCUCUGCCUCGCUUUAUGAUGUCAAAGAAUGAUGGUGAGAUACGAUUUGGGAACCCAGCUGAGCUGCAUGGAACUAAGGUUCAGAUUCCAUAUUUAACCACAGAAAAAAAUUCCUUCAAAAGAAUGGACGAUGAGGAUAAACAGCAGGAAACACAGUCUCCCACGAUGUCACCCCUCGCCUCCCCUCCUUCUUCCCCGCCUCAUUACCAGAGGGUGCCCUUGAGCCAUGGCUACAGCAAACUGCGGAGCAGCGCAGAACAGAUGCAUCCAGCUCCUUAUGAAGCUAGGCAGCCUCUCGUCCAGCCCGAGGGAUCCUCAUCAGGGGGCCCAGGAACCAAGCCCCUUCGGCAUCAGACUUCCCUUAUCCGGUCCUUUUCAGUGGAGAGAGAACUACAGGAUAACAGCAGUUACCUCGAUGAACCCUGGAGGAUAACAGAAGAACAGCGCGAGUACUAUGUCAAUCAGUUUCGAUCCCUUCAGCCAGACCCAAGCUCUUUCAUUUCAGGUUCUGUGGCCAAGAACUUCUUCACCAAAUCAAAGCUUUCCAUUCCAGAACUCUCCUAUAUAUGGGAACUUAGUGAUGCGGACUGCGACGGAGCCCUGACCCUGCCUGAGUUCUGUGCUGCGUUUCAUCUCAUUGUGGCUCGGAAGAACGGCUAUCCGUUACCUGAGGGCCUGCCUCCAACUCUGCAGCCAGAGUACCUGCAGGCAGCUUUUCCUAAGCCCAAGUGGGACUGUCAAUUAUUUGAUUCUUAUUCUGAGUCAUUGCCGGCAAAUCAACAGCCUCGUGACUUGAAUCGGAUGGAGAAGACAUCUGUUAAAGACACAGCUGACCUUCCUGUCCCUACCCAAGAUGUGACUGGUGAUGACAAACAAGUUUUGAAAAGUACUGUCAAUGAAGCCUUACCAAAGGACGUGUCUGAGGAUCCAGCAACUCCCAAGGAUUCCAACAGUCUCAAAGCAAGACCAAGAUCCAGAUCUUACUCUAGCACCUCCAUAGAAGAGGCCAUGAAAAGGGGCGAGGACCCCCCCACCCCGCCACCCCGGCCACAGAAAACCCAUUCCAGAGCCUCCUCCUUGGAUCUGAAUAAAGUCUUCCAGCCCAGUGUGCCAGCUACUAAGUCAGGAUUGUUACCCCCACCACCUGCGCUCCCUCCGAGACCUUGUCCAUCACAGUCUGAACAAGUGUUGGAGGCCGAGUUACCCCCACAGCUGAGCAGAGCCCCAUCCCAGGCUGCAGAAAGUAGUCCCUCAAAGAAGGAUGUACCGUAUUCUCAGCCACCAUCAAAGCCCAUUCGUAGGAAAUUCAGACCAGAAAAUCAAGCUACAGAAAACCAAGAGCCUUCCACUGUUGGAAGUGGCCCAGCUUCUGCAGCAACUGUGAAACCGCAUCCAACAGUCCAAAAACAGUCUUCCAAACAGAAGAAGGCCAUUCAAACUGCUAUCCGCAAAAAUAAAGAGGCAAAUGCAGUGCUGGCUCGGCUGAACAGUGAGCUCCAGCAGCAGCUCAAGGUUUCAUUUGGCUUUCCUUUUCAAGUUUCUUGUUAAGAUGAGAGCUCUCAUGUCAAUGAUUGAAGACUUUCUUUUUUUCAAAUAUGAAUGUUCAGUGCUAUAAAUUUCUUCCUAAGUUCAACUUUAGUUGCAUUCUACACAUUUUGAAUGUUGCGUUUUUUGUGUUCAUUUAGUUCUAAAUACUUCCUAAGUUCCCUUUUCAUUUAUUCUUUGGCACAUGGGGUAUUUAGAAGUGUAUUGCUUAGUUUUCAAAAUGAUUGGGGAUUUUGCAGAGAUCUUUCUGUUGUUGAUUUCUAAUUCAAUUCCAUUGUGAUCAGAGAAUAUGCUUUGUAUGACUUGAAUUCUAUUAAACAUAUUUGUACUUUAAAAAGGUGUUAUUUAAUAGACAUAUAAUAAUUGUACAGAUUUGUGGGGUGGAGUAUAUCGUGAUGUCUCCAUACCUAUCAUGUACAGUGAUCUGAUGUGACCAUUUGCUGACCCAUUUAGUUCAUUCCUGUUGACAAGACUUGCUUCUUUGUUCUCAAACCCCUUUUGGAAAGUGGAGAAUUACUGUAUUUAAGUUUCAUGGGUUGGUUCAUGCAUAGUUAGAGGAAGACUAAUGACUUUAAUAUGUAGGCUUCAUAUUGUAUAGGAGUUAAAAGGAAAGAGAAUCUAUUAUGAAGGCUGUUUGGAGCAUUCUUUAUUGUCCAGAGCUUCUGGGUAAGCCCUUAAUUAUUUACAUCCUCGACAUAAAUUCUUGUUUCAGUAGAAGGAAGUGGCCCUGGUACUAUCAAAGGCCAGCCUCUCCCCUGGUAACUUACAAAUGGUUCCAUUUCACCUUCUCAAGGACAUCACCCCUGUUUCUCUUCAUCAUCACUCUCCCGUGUAUUUGUUUCCUAGGGCUGUUAUAACAAAAUACUACAAAUGUGGUGGCUUAAGAUAACCAAAAACUAUUCUCUCACAGCUCUAGAGGCUGGAACUCUAAAAUCAAGGCAUUGGCAGAGCCAUGAUCUCUUCGAAGGCUCUAGAAGAGAGUUUUUCCUUACCUCUUCCCAACUUCUGGUGUUGCUGGUAGUCCUGGGCGUUCCUUGGCUUACAGCUCCAUCGCUCCAGUUUCUGCCUCUGUUGUCACAUGGCCUUCUUCCUGUAUCUCUCUGUGUCUGUGUCCAAAUUUCUCUUCUUAUUGUAUCCUCUUAUCAUAAGGAUACCGAUCGUUGGCUUAGGACCCACCCUAAUCUAGCAUGACCUCAUCUUAACUUGAUUACAUCUACAAAGAACUUAUUUGCAUGUAAGGUCACAAAUGUGACCAGGUACUGGGGGUUAGGACUUGAAUAUAUCUUUUGAGGGGACAGGUAUCUACUCGCUAUAUCCCCCAGUUCUCUACCGGAUCAUUUGCCAUCCACACGUAAAUAUGCUCCAGUAUUGUCCAUUACAUUUGACAAAUUACUGCCCAGUUUCUUUGGUCCCCUUCACAGCAAAGUUUCUUGGGAGUGGUUUUUAUUCAUUAUCUUUACUUUCAAACCAGUGGUUUCUUUCUUUCACUUCAGUAAGCUUUGCUCUCCACUUACACCCAUUUUAUGGCCAAAUCUAAUGGGGCUAUUUUAAUACUAUUAAAAUUUUCAGAAGAAUUCUGUACAGUUGAUCAUUUCCUCCUCUGAAAUUGCUUCGCUAACUGGUUUUUGAGAUACUGUACUCUCCUGGUUUUCCUUCUGCUUCACUGGUGCUUCCCCUUUUCAUUCUCUGCUAUCCCUUCCUUUCCUGACUUCACUUUUAUACCCCAACCCCAUUUGCCCCAAUAUUUUAGUAUGUACAUUUUCAAACCUACAGGAAAGUUGAAAGAAUCAUAAGUGACUGCUUUUAUAGACAUCACAUUGGUUCUACCAGUAACAUUUUACUAUACUUGUUUUUAUCACAUAUCUACCCUUUUAUCCCUGUUUCCAUCAGUUCCUCUUAUUUUUGACAUAUUUUCAAGUAAAUUACAGAUAUCUGUAUACUUUCCCUAAAUACUUUAGUGGGUGUAUUAUUAGCUAGAGUUCAAUUUUUUUUACAGUUUUUUCUUAUGUUGUAAAAUGUUUAUACAAAAUGCAUGCACAAAUCUUGUGUACAUUUGCUGAGUUUGUAACAAGUACAUGUACUUACGGAACCCAAACCCCUAUAAAGAUAGAGAAUAUUACCAUCAUCCCAGGAAGCUCCCUCAUGCUUUUUCCUAGUCAGUUCCUGCCCUACUCACACAGAGGCAAUCACUAUUCUAAUUUUUAUACCAUAGUUUUGCCUGUUCUAUAACUUUAUAUAAGUGGUGUCUUAUAACUUAUACUUGCGUGUAAAGCUUCUUUCACUUAGUAUUAUGUUUUUGUGAUUCAUUUAUAUUAUUGUGUGUAUCAGUAAUUUGUUCCUUUUUAUUCCUGAGUAGUAUUCCAUUGAGUGACUAUGUCACAAUUUGGUUAUCAAUUAUAUUGACAGACACCUGAGCUGUUUCCAGUUUUUGGCAAUUUCAAAUAAAACUGCAUUUUAAAUAAGUCUCUGUACGAAAGUAUGUUCUCAUUUCUCUUGGAUAAAUACCUAGGAUUGGGAAUAGUAGGUAACAUGGUAAGUGUAUAUGGUUAGUUUCUGAGAAACUGUUAGACCAUUUUCCAAGGUGGUUGUAGCAAUUUGUACUCCUAUCACUAAUGUAUGAGAGUCCCAGUUGUUCCACAUCUUUGCCAACAUUUGGUGUUAUGAUUCUUUUUAAUUUUAGCCAGCCCUGUAGUGAUAUAGUUUUUAUCAUCAUCUCCUUGCUGACUAAUUAUGUUGACCACUUUUCUUUGUGAUUAUUUACCUUUCAUAUAUCUUACUUCAUGAAGUAUCUUUUCAAAUGUUAUUUUUCUCCAAAGUAGUCUAUAGAUUUAUUACAAAACCAAUAAAAAUCCCAGCAGGAUUUUUUGUGAGUGUAGACAAGCUAAUCCCAAAACUUACAUGUAAGGACCAAGGAGCUGGAGUUGCUUAAACAAAUUUGAAAACGACGAACAAAGUUGGAGGAAUCAUUUUACUCUCAAGCUCCAGCAAUCAAGAUGUUGAUACAUAGAUCAAUGGAAUAAGAUACAGAGUCCUGAAAUAGACCACAUGCAAACAGCCAUUUGAUCUUUGACAAAGGUGCAAAAUCAAUUCAGUGAGAAUAGUUUUCAACAGAUUGUUUUAUAACAAUUUGUCAUUUGCAUUUAAAAGUGAAACCUUGAUCUAAACCUCACAUCUAUACAGAGAUUAACUUGAAAUGAGUCAUAGAUGUAAAUGUAAAACAUAAAGCUAUAAAAUUUUUUAGAAGAAAACAUAGGCGAAAAAUCUUCAUGAUCUGGGGUUAGAAGUGACAUCAAAAGCACAAUCCAUAACAGAGAAAACU